ACCCCUUUCCAAAGCUCGCCAUCUCCGUCCUGUUCCCAGUUCUAUAAAAGAGUCCCGUCACCGCUCCCUUCACGUAGAAACUCACCCUCAUCCAGAGUGCCUGCUAUGUCGUCCGCGUUCCAGUCACCGCCCCAGACCCAAAGCCGGUCCAACCCCCGCCGGUCCCGGCACCUUGUCCGGGAGGGCUUGCUGACCCGGUUCGCCAUGUGCGUCUGCUCCGUUCUCCUCUCCCUCCUUUUCUUCGCCGGCCUCAUCGUCUUCAUCCUCUGGCUCAGCCUCCGCCCCCACCGCCCCCGCCUCUAUCUCUCCUCCUUCUCCGCCCCCGCCGUCGCCCAGCCGUCGGCCGGCCUCCUCAACUCGCCCAUCUCCUUCAACGUCACAGACCGGAACUCCAACCGGAAGAUUGGCAUCUACUACGACGUCGUCUACGGCUCGGUCUACUACAAGGAAAGGAUGGUCGCGUCCGGUCCGGUCCUGAACCCGUUCUUCCAGCCGCCCAAGAACACGACGCAGGUCGCCGGGAACCUCACCGGGACGGCGCCGGCGGCCGGGGACGCGCUGGCGGCCCAGCUGUCGGGUGAGGCGGCGGCUGGCCGGGUCGAGUUCCGGCUCGACUUGAAAUCGCUCAUCCGGUUCAAGGUGAAGACCUGGGACACGCACCACCAUACCUUGCACGUCGAGUGCGACUUGGCGGUGGGUUCCGACGGAACCCUCCUGGCUGCCUACACGAACGAGAAGUGCUCCAUCUACUUCUAGUGUUGACAUUAAAUAACUUGCGUGUGAUCCCUUCCCUCCUGACUUCACUCUCUCACGUUUCUUCUCGCUCGGGAAUGUGUAAACAACAACUUUGUCGUAUCAAGAAUAUGGAAUACUUGGUAUAUGGAUGAUUUUUUUUAUUUACUUUUUCUUCUUCUUUUUUUUCAUGUGAUCCAUUGAAGAGACUCCAAAUUUCAUUUGAUUUUCA